ACAUCAAGCCAACUUGAACCACACACCACCAAACACACAAACACAUCACAAGCCACAAGCCACAAGCCACAAGCCACAAGCAGCGACCAUGAGGUCAUCGACGUGUGUGGCGGUGCCACACCUGCUGUUGCUGCUGGCGCUGGUGGUGGUUGUACCGCACGUCUCUGCGAGCGAGAGCAACAGCGACGUGGUCCUCGACGUGUUUGACACGGACGCCAGGCUCUUGGCAGCAAGCAACGACAACAGGAGACUCGGUGCAGUUGUGCCGCAGCCGCUUGCACACACGCCCUCGGGCCUGCCAGUGCACCACAGCUACGCCGGCAGCCCCAACGUCAUCUUCCUCGACUUUGACGGCUACUCAACUGGCGACGCGGGUCAGCACGGCGGGUUGGAGCCAGACGGCGUCACCUUGCACGCGGCCGCCUACAGCAUCGACGACGAUGACACGAGCCACUUCAGCGCGCUCGAGCAGGCCAUGAUCACAGACAUCUGGAUGCGCGUUGCCGAGGACUUUUCUCCGUUCAACGUGGACGUGCAGACAGAUGAGGCUGCCGCCCUGGCUGCCGCUGCUUCCAGGACAGGCGCGAACGUCUAUCGCUGUGUCAUCACCUCCAAGACACAAACCACGGGUGACCCCAUGCCACGCAGCACUGUGGGCGGCUUCUCCAUCAUGAACUCCUUUGGUUCUGCAUCCCACGCCUCUGGCGCCCCUUCCUGCUUCGUGUACUACGACAACCUCCACCGCGGGCGGAGUGACCUGGUUGCAGAGACCAUCUCCCAUGAGCUUGGCCACGCACUGGGCCUCUCGCAUGACGGCACGGCACGUGCACCGUACUUCCGUGGUGAUCAGAACCCUGAUGACCCGUCAAGCUUCGCGCCCAUUAUGGGCCAGGCCUUUCACAACAGCCAGACGCAAUGGAGCAGAGGCGACUACAGCGGCGCAACCAACACCCAAGACGACUUUGCCAUCAUUGAGGCAAAGCUUGGCCGCCGUGCUGAUGAGGACAGUGACCUUGCCACCCGCCCCAUUCUCGUGCACGCGACAGGAUCAGGCACCGUCACCGCACAUGGCGUCAUUGGAGCGCCAACAGACGUCGACUACUGGCUCUUCCGCGUGACAACCCCCGGCCGCGUGCUUAUCAGCGUCACGCCAGCAGCGCUGUCGCCGUUCUUCACAGCCGGCAACAACUUGGACGUGCGCGUGCGUGUGUUUGGUGUUGGCGCGGACCUGCUGGCUGAGGAAGCACCACAACGCGACCCGUCUGCCGCCAUCUCCCUCUCCCUCGGCACCGGAUGGUACACGCUCGAGGUCAGCGGGGACGCAGACAAUGCCAGCACGGCAGGCUCGGCGUACGGAAGCAUGGGCCAGUACACCAUCUCGGGAAGCGUCCCCGCUGCUGUGUGCACACGUGAUACAGACUGCGCUCAGCCAACAACGUUCUGUGGCAGCCGCGACGCGUGUGUUCGCGGCGUGUGCACCCCUGUCCCAACGUGUGGCGAAGCUGAACUGUGCGUGGAAGACCAACGCGUGUGCACCCCUUCCACUCCCACCACCACAACCUCAGCUCCAACAACAACAGGAACAACCACAGCAACAACCACAACAGCAGCUCCAACCACAACAGCAGCUCCAACAACAGCAGCAAAAGCAACAACAACUGUUGCACCAUGUGGUGCUGAUUCACAGGAGCCAAACAACGCCGUGGCGGCAGCCUGGCACUGGUCAGCCACUGCACGCACACACACCGUCACUGGGGCUGUGUGCGGCAGCGACGUUGAUGUUUAUGACACAUACGUGUGCCCGUCCCAGGCUGUUGAGAUUGGUGUCACGCGCACGCGCGGUGAUGGUAACCUGGCGGCCUUUGUCUUGGAUGGCGACGGCAAUGUGCUCGGUCGCACGUACAUCACAGGCAGCAGCAGCGAUGACUAUGGCGCCCACACCAUCGGCGUUCGCACGUCGGCGUCAUUCCGUCGCCUCUUCCUCCGCCUGCACGUCGAAGGCAGCGGCGUCGCCACCUACACCAUCACCCGAUCAUCCCCAACACUCUGCACGGACAGCGAUGCACAGGCCUUCACCACGGUGCCGCCAUCAAUACCCCCAUCAACGACAACCACCGGUGUAACAACUGGCACAACAACGACCACAACCACUGCACCAGCAACAAGAAUGCCAACAACAACAACAGCAACAACGACGACAACGCCGCGUGCGUGUGCCGACACGGAUGUGUUUGAGCCCAACGACCAGUUCCACUUUGCACAACCCCUCGACUUUGUUGCGAACGUGCACGUGGUUGGCCCGUCCAACCGCACCCCGCUGCUGUCCGUGUGCCCUGGCCGGGAUGACUGGUACCACGUGCAGCUGUGCGCAUAUCAGGUGGUGGAUCUCGCCUUCACCUUCCUCACGGGCCGCGGCAGUGCAGUGGCGGCGCUGUUUGAUGUGGGCGAUCGAUUGGUGGGCAGCGUGUCGUCUGACGCUAACGGCAACAUGCGGCUGGUCAACCCAACGCCCGACACCGCUGAUGUGUACAUUCGCGUACAAGGAACGCGGGCCGCUGCCAACACUUAUUCCAUUGCCACCCUCUCCGUAUCGUCAUGCCCAGCUAUCUUGUCUCCUGAUGCUGCUGUUGUGGACGACCAACCAUCCCCAUCGUCAUCAUCAUCACCUGCAACACCAACAAGCGACAACGACAAUAGCGACGAUAGCGACAACAACGACAACAACGACAACCAACCUGAUACCACGGCAUCGUUCUCGCGCAUGCGUGCGUGCAAGUCGUGCCACCGCCACAUGUCCCUGAGGCCCGGAAAGUCUGUCCACAAGCUGAAACUCCGUGCCGCAUGCGACAGCGGCGCCACAUGGACGGUUUGCGUGCGUGCACACACAAAAGGCACCACAUCACCAUCUGACGACGCGACAAACGAUGCACAGGGCGAACCCAUCGCUGCUGGUGCCACUGCUGGUGCCGCUGCUGGUGCCGCUGCUGGUGCUCCCACCAUUGCCAUUACGCAAGACGAGAAUGGGCAAGUCCUGCCUGCGGUGGUGCUGAGGUCCGAAACGCCGUGCGUGCACAUCACGCUGCCGCCGACCGUGUUUCCGGAUGGUGACAAGCAGCACCGCUCGAGUGUUGACGUGCACGUCUCUUGUCCACCCUAUUCGCUCUGCUCUCUCGACACGACAUCGUGGCGUGUGAAACAGAAGCACUGCCUCGCACCAUCAUCGCCCUAACUGUCAUCUCUUGUGUGUUGUGUGUGUGUCUGUGUGUCUGUGUGUCUGUGUGCGUGUCUGUGUCUGUGCCUGUGUCUAAUAUGUAGCUUGUGGUCGCUGACCCAUAGUUUAACAGCU